AUGAAUAAUCUUACAGCGGCCAAAGUAUUCCUUGGGCUAUUGUUAGUCUCUAUUAUCACUUUAUUCUCCACACCUGCUUCAGCAUUAAUAGAGCGUGAUGCAUUAUUUGAGGCAUUACUUAAACGUGAUAACGAAUACGGCGUUGACACCUACGGAGUUCCAAAAGCACAAUGUAAGUGUGUAUUUGCUGCUGCAACAUUCGGCGCCGACAACAGAGACCCAAACAAACCUCACGGAACGAUAAACUUCUUCCAAAAUCCAUGCGGUCAAACCAGUCUACAAGGAGAAUUUUCGUCCGGGUUCCAGGAUACCACCGCGAGAUACGAAUUCAUAGUUAAAGAUGCUGAAGGAAAUACUGUUCAAAAUUUGACAUCGUUGAUUAAGUUGGAUUUCUUUAACAACGGAUCCGUAUUGCCAUUCAAAGCCACAACUAGGAAGAUUAGUUUGAAUUGUGACAACACAGCACCCAAUGCAACCUCUUCUGAUAACAAUGCAACCUCUCAGAAUCCUCCAUAUGGUCCAAUCGUAGUUGGUACUGGAAUUGGUGCUGGCGGUGUUAGCGGCGGCUUUUCUACUACUCCAAAAAUUCUCAACAAUAAAUUAUUCCUUUUCAAGAAUGGCGAUGAUUAUGGUCAAACUGCCGUCUCAAGAAAUGUGCCAUUAGUGACGCGAACCGGCACUGUUAUAAGACGCGGAAGCAAUGGUCUUAGAACAGUUGGUAAAAAUGUUCAGUGGCUUGCACUAGUCUCUUUUGGAACACCACCACAACAAUUUGAAUUAUUAAUAGACACUGGAUCAUCGAACGUUCUCGUCACUACAACUGAUUGUGAUGCAGCUUGUCGACAAUUAACGGAAAGUACCACUUUUUUUAACACUCACAAAUCAAGCACUUUCGAUCGUGUUAGUAAUGGCUCAUAUAGUAUUCAGUUCGCGGGUGGAACUUCUCUUGUAUAUGAUUUGGCUGUGGAUGUUGUCACAUUGGAUGGACUUGCAGUUACACAACAAAACAUCGGGGCAACUAUUGAUAUUCAAAAUUCCGUAAUUCAAUUCGGUGGUGUUUUGGGCCUUGGACUCGAGAAAAUUGUACAACCUAGAGGUUUCGGUGUUGAUACAGUUGUUACUACAAUGUUCAAACAAAAAUUGAUCACGAAAAAAAUAUUCGCUAUAAAUUUCAUAAAACAAGAACUAGGUGGCGGAGGCGACAUAACAUUUGGUGAAUACGAUACAUCCUUAGAUAUUCUCUGGCUAAAUGGCACCUCAAAUUACUUUUGGACAGUACGUUUACGCGAUAUAUUUGUCGGUGAUAGAGACUUGAAAGUCGGAGGCCCAUUUAUUUUCGAUACUGGUGCAAGUUACAUAUUCGCACCUUGUUCAAUAGUCGAGCGCAUUUAUGACUCAAUACCUGGAUCCCAAUUGUUUGUGGAUGGAACUUGGGUGUUGCCAUGUAACCUUACCGAUGAUAAAUAUGAUGUGACGUUACAAUUCAAGAAGGAGAAUUUCACUAUCCCGAUACGAGAUUUCAUUCAAGAACCAGUAAACGCAACUGGCCUACCAAAUGACAUAGAUCCGACUGGUCUCUGCAUUGGCGGUGCUCAACAAAGUGAUUCAGAUUAUGUGCUCGGUGCUGUUUUCUUCAAGCUCUUCUACGUGGUUUUUGAUCAAGAUCAUAAUAAGAUUGUUACGCCAUAUCAAAUACAAAUCUCGUAUACGGACGACGAACUAAAAGGACUCCAGUUAAUAGCUUCUGCGCAUUAUCCUAAUGGCGACAUAAUUUUACGUUUUUCAACAGCUAAUUCUACCAGUACUUCAUGCUACCAAUCAAAUUUGGUUUUACGAUUAGUGAAAACUGAUGGGUCUAUUAGUAAAAUCCCCGUGAAUUUUGAAUUUCCGGAUUUUAAUUUUUGUGGCGAUUCCUUUGAUAAUGGUGUUGAUGGAAUUUGGAUUUACCCGAUACAAUCCAUACUAUCCGAUUUUAUAAUAAUUACAUAUUUUACGGCUGAUGAUACAAAAACUUUUUCAAAUGCUCAGGUGCAAGGAUUAUUGAUGGACACUAAUGGAAAAAUUUAUCAAAGUAACUAUCUUUUUGGUCCUGGUUACUUUCCUAUACCAGGACAACCAUUACUAAAUCCGGGUGGAAUAAUUGUUAGCUCUAUUUUGGGACAAGGUUUUAUAUUUCUUAUUGAUGACAAUCAAAGCAAUGGUUUAAUUUGGACUCAAUAUACUGCUCCAGAUGUAAAUGGAACUUUCGCAAGAUUAAACACGCAACAAGUAAUUCAAGAGAUUGAUAGAAAAGAACGUCCUAAACUUUGGUCCGUUGCCAUGCCUACUUUAGAUGGUGGAUAUGCAGUCAUUGGUGGAUACAAUGUGACAAAUGCUACAUCAUCAACUUAUGAUCCCCAUUUUCGUGUUGAUGUAACUUUCUUUAGACCUUUUCUUAACGGUGAAGUCGAUCAAGUUGGUCCUUUUCUCUUCUUCCAAUCUUCCGUCGCAAGCCCACUGCCCAUGAUUUGCAGUAGCUCAAAUCAGGGUAUUGGCUAUAUAUGUCUUGCUCGAACACCUGUGAAUACAACAUCCGGCAACAGCACUUCCACAAAAAUUUAUUAUCAACUCGUAAAUUAUCUCUCAUCAGGUUCUGUAAUAAACAUCCAAGAACUUCCCUUGGGUGACUCGACUGGAAAUCAAGCAAACUCUCCAGCAAAACUUUAUUCUUUAUUCUACGGCGGAUAUUUAGAAACUUUUAAUACAUAUAAUGGUUCUUCAGUUACUAUCAACGGAUAUAUACUUGAUGACAACGGUAUCUUUAAAGAGAAUUGGGGGUUUGGAAAUCCAUUAACAAUACCCGCGCAGGGUGUUAGCUCUUCUGUACUACUAGAAAAUAAUACAUAUGUGAUUUUUUAUUUCGUCAAUAAUGUAUUGAAUGUAAUUAGUACAGAUUUGUAUAGAUUCUAUGACGAUAGACUCAGUCGAAACGUUAAGUCUGUAUCACCAUUACCUCGGACCUCUAUUAACAAUAGCGCGCAGAGUAUCGAAUUGACAUAUGAUCGUAAUGUUACCAGUUCCAGCGGGAACAUUACUAUAUAUCAAGUGAAUCCUAAGGUUCCCGAUGGCACUCAAGAUAUUCCCCGAUUUGUUUGUACAGCAGUCAAAUGCCCUCUUAAUCAGAGUAGCAUAAAUGGCAAUACACUCAGUCUGUCAGUUUUACCAAGUACUUUCAACAAUCCAGGAGCAACUUAUUAUAUAAAUAUUGAUAGUGGUUUUGUAAAGGACAGUCAAUUAGGUGAACCAAUUCCUGGUGUUCAGAAUCGUACUUGGACAUUUUCCUUCCGUAA